AUGCUCCUCAGAUUCUCAACGUUAACCUUGGUGUCCUUCUUCAUCAACUCUUGUUGGUGGUUUUGUGGUGAGGCCGAAGUGGUAACCUGCUCCAACAUAGUGCCGUUCAAGUAUCGCACCAACAACAUUUCCGUAACGGACUUCGGUGCCGUAGGUGAUGGCCGCACCCUCAACACCAAAGCAUUUCGUGAAGCCGUUUAUAGGAUUCAGCACUUGUCAAGGGAAGGAGGCACGCUCCUUUACGUCCCUCCAGGGGUUUACUUAACAGAACCUUUCAAUCUCACCUCACACAUGACCCUUUUCCUCACUGCAGGUGCUGUUAUCAAAGCCACACAGGAUUCAUCGAAUUGGCCUUUAAUUGCACCCUUGCCAUCUUAUGGAAGAGGAAGGGAGCUACCUGGUGGAAGGUAUAUGAGCUUUAUACAUGGAGAUGGAGUUCAGGAUGUGGUAAUCACAGGUGAGAAUGGGACGAUUGAUGGUCAAGGAGAUGUGUGGUGGAACAUGUGGAGGCAGAGAACUCUUCAGUUUACCAGACCAAACCUUGUUGAAUUUGUGAACUCCAGAGAUAUUAUUCUUUCAAAUGUGAUCUUCAAGAAUUCUCCCUUCUGGAAUAUACACCCAGUUUACUGCAGUAAUGUUGUUGUUCGAUUUGUCACAAUUCUGGCUCCACAUGACUCUCCUAAUACUGAUGGUAUCGAUCCAGAUUCAAGUUCAAAUGUCUGCAUAGAGGACUCGUACAUAUCUACUGGAGAUGAUCUCGUGGCUGUGAAGAGUGGAUGGGAUGAAUAUGGGAUUGCUUAUGGUCGCCCUAGCUCUGAUAUCACCAUCCGGCGUGUGAGUGGAUCAUCUCCAUUUGCUGGGAUUGCUGUUGGCAGUGAAGCUUCUGGCGGGGUACAGAAUGUACUUGCUGAACACAUCAACCUUAAAAACAUGGGAAUUGGUAUUCACAUUAAGACUAACAGUGGCAGAGGAGGGUAUAUAUUGAAUAUAACUGUGUCUGAUGUGUAUAUGGAGGAAGCAAGGAAGGGAAUAAAGAUUUCAGGUAAUGUUGGGGACCAUCCUGAUGACAAAUAUGACCCUAAUGCUCUCCCAGUUGUGAGGGGUAUCACAAUUAAGAAUGUGUGGGGUGUGAAGGUUUUGCAAGCAGGCCUGAUACAAGGAUUGAGAAAUUCCCCUAUCACUGAGAUUUGCCUCUCUGACAUCAACCUUCAUGGAAUGACAGGACCUAGAACUCCCCCUUGGCAGUGUUCUGAUGUGUUUGGAGUUUCUCAUCAGGUUAGUCCAUGGCCAUGUUCUGAGCUGAUCAGCCACCAGCCUGGAUCAUGUGUCAAUUACUCCUGAUAUUGAUGGAGGUUUUUCCACUCUUCAAGUAUUGAUAAUGGUAACUAAGUCCUUCUUUUGUUUGUUUAUCAUAA